AUGGCUUCUAAGAAGUUGUGUGCAGACUUUCAUGGGCCUUUCAGUUACCUUGAUGAUGUUCCAUUUAAGAUCGGAGACAAGUUCAAAACACCAGCCAAAGUUGAUCUGCCUAUUGGCUUCUCCUUGCCUGAUUGUUUGCAGGUUGUCAGAGAAGUACAGUAUGACUUUUCCUUGGAAAAGAAAACCAUCAAGUGGGCUGAAGACAUUAAGAACAUCCAGGAAGCCCAACGGGAAGCUGAGCGCAAAGCUGAGGAAGCAGAAACUAAAGUGAAUGCUCAGAGCGGCCCAGAGAGUGAUAGCAAAAUGGGCUUCUCCAAGACUUACAGCACAGCUGCAAUGCCACCUCCCAUUAACCCCAUCCUCGCCAGCUUACAGCACAACAGCAUCCUCACCCCGACUCGAGUCAGCAGCACUGCCACGAAACAGAAGGUUCUCAGCCCACCUCACACAAAGGCAGAUUUCAAUCCUGCUGACUUUGAGUGUGAAGAAGACCCAUUUGAUAAUCUGGAAUUAAAAACUAUUGAUGAGAAGGAAGAGCUGAGAAACAUUCUAGUAGGAACCACUGGACCCAUCAUGGCUCAGCUAUUAGACAGUAACUUGCCUGGGGGAGGCUCUGGCUCUGUGUUACAGGACGAGGGGGAAGUCCUGGCAUCCUUAGAGCGGGCUACUCUGGAGUUCAAGCCUCAUCACAAACCCAAUGGCUUUAUAACCUUACCACAGUUGGGCAACUGUGAAAAGAUGUCGCUGUCUUCCAAAGUGUCCCUUCCCCCCAUCCCUGCAGUAAGCAAUAUCAAAUCCCUGUCCUUCCCCAAACUUGACUCUGAUGACAGCAGUCAGAAG